UUGCAAAUGGGCCUGUUCAGACAAUCACUGGAAUGUUUCACUGCCCAGUCUUGCAUCUUCUUCUGCUCUUAACCUGAUAUCCCAAACACUAGUUCAGGAAAUAACCAAGGGCAUUACAAGUGUGCAGAGCACAAGAAGAAUUUUUGCAUGCACUCUAUGUGCAGGAGGAUAAUAAUUAUGGAAGGCCCAUCAGUUGUCAAAGUUGUGUUGAUGUUAACGGCAGUAGCUCUCAGCCGAGCUGUGCCGACCCUCCUAACGGGCGAAGAAGAUCUCGCUAAAGCUCAGGAUUACCUUUCUCAAUAUUUCUCCGAAGUUGGAGUCACCACUCGAAGCGAGACAUAUCGUGCCGGUCUCGAUUCCUUCACAGACACUUUGAAAUCGAUGCAAGAGUUUUUCGGCCUGGAGGUGACAGGAGAGUUGGACACCAACACCAUGGAGGUGAUGUCACAACCUCGGUGUGGUUUCACCGACUUGAAUAUAUUCAAGUAUGGCCAUUUUGAUGGGCAACCAAAGUGGAACAAGAACGUGGUCACAUGGAGGAUCACUGAAUAUACACCGGACUUGAGUCAAAGUUUUGUGGAUGCCACACUUGCCAAGGCUCUUCAGAUCUACAGUGAUGUGGUUCCGUUGGAUUUCAAGCAGAUUCAAACGGGCACUGCAGACAUAAUGAUCAAGUUCAAGGCUCACGAUCAUGGAGAUUUUGCACCUUUUGACGGGGCGGGUGGAGUGUUGGCUCAUGCUUUUUCCCCUGGUGGGGGCAGAGGAGGCGACACCCAUUUUGAUGAAGAUGAAACCUGGAGUCUUACAUCAUCAGGGGUCAACCUGUUCUUGGUGGCAGCACAUGAGUUUGGACAUGCACUCGGAUUAUCCCACUCUAAGGUUCGAUCGGCCCUGAUGUACCCCACCUACCAGUUCGUUAACACCGACGGCUAUGUACUCCCAGAUGAUGACCGACAGGGGGUGCAGGAAUUGUACGGAGUCAGAGGAUCAACUAAACCGACAAGUAACCCGGAACCAAAACCACAACCUGAGCCAGAGCCUGUACCUACGCAAGAACCUGAACAAGAACCUGACAGGUGUAGCCGCGAUCUCAUGUUUGAUGCUGCGACUUCCAUACAGGGUCAUCUUUAUUUCUUCAAGGGCACCCAUUUUUGGAAGAGGAGCACCAACUGGGAUGGUGUCACCACGAAAAGAAUCGAUUCUGUCUUUUCUGGAAUCAACACAGUUGAUGCCGCUUAUGAGUACAAGAUACGCAGCACAGUUAUUUUGAUUGAAGGGAACCGCUACUGGAAAGUCUUAAGAAACAAAUGGCUCUUACCUGGCUAUCCCAAACCUCUCACCGACUUUGGCUUGCCUGCAUCCGUCACCAAAGUAGAUGCUGCCGUCCACAUUCCUUUUGUGGGAAGAACCCUCUUCUUUGUAAAUAACAAAUACUAUAGCUACAACGAACGGAGAGGCCGAAUGGAUCGUCGGAACCCGAAAUUGAUUCGCACAGAGAUCCCGGGGAUUGGAUACAGAGUUGAUGCUGCUUUUGAGUACAGAGGAUACCUGUUCUUUUCGUAUGGAUCCAGGCAGACACAAUACGAUUAUAUCAGAAGAAGAGCCGUUCGCACCCUGAUGAGCAGUGACUGGAUGGACUGUGACUGAACCGUCAGCCAAGUCUUCCAUCAUUGAGGGUUAGGGUUAGGGUUAGGGGUUACAUUGAAUCACAAUAUUAAUCAAUGGUUGAUACCAAUUCUCAUCAAGUAGAUUACAAGGGAUUUAGCUUCGUAGAAAAA